AUGGGCCGAAGCCCCUCUGGUGAAUGCAAAUGCAGGGAGUUUGCAGAUGAGAUAUUCAACCUGGUGCGAGAGAAAUACACAGAGCUGGCCGGCUGCUCCUCGCUGCUACAUGCGCGUCACAAAGGCCUGGCGGGCAUCGUCAUGACCAGAGGUCUGGAUCUGAGACAGGCUCAAGUGGUGGCGCUAUCUACCGGCACUAAAUGCAUUAAUGGAGAGUAUAUGAGUGACCAGGGACUGGUGGUAAAUGACUGUCAUGCAGAAAUCACGACCAGACGAGCACUGCUACGGUUCCUGUACUCUCAGCUAGAGUUACACCUCAGCAAGAGGAAAGAGGACUGGGAGCAAUCGAUCUUCGUACAGCACAAAGACUCCUGUUUGAGACUGAGAGAAAACAUCCUUUUCCACAUGUACAUCAGCACAUCACCCUGCGGGGACGCCCGUGUGAACUCGCCCUACGAAAUCACCUCUGAUUGGCAAAGUAACAGACACUUGGUGAAGAAGUUUCACAGUCACCUACGAACAAAGAUUGAAUCAGGGGAGGGAACGCUGCCCGUGAAGACCACAGGUCCCGUCCAGACGUGGGAUGGAGUUCUUCAGGGAGAACAGCUCAUCACCAUGUCUUGCACCGACAAGAUUUCCAGGUGGAAUGUGCUUGGCCUCCAGGGGGCGCUGCUCAGUCACUUUGUGGAGCCAGUGUAUCUGUACAGUCUGUCGGUGGGAAGCCUGAGACACACGGGUCACUUCUCCAGGAUGAUGAACCACAGGCAGGAGAUAGUUGGUCCUCUGCCCACCUGCUACCGCCACAACCAGCCUUUACUCAGCGGUCUGAGCAGGGAUGACUGCAGGCAGCAGGGGAAGUCUGUGUGUUUGAGUGUGAAUUGGACUGCAGGCGACUCACAAUUGGAGGUGCUCAAUGCAUCUACUGGAAAAAGAUGGGACUCCGGGGCUCUGUCCAGACUUUGCAAGCUUGCACUUUUUGCACGGUGGAUCAGACUCUACCGCAAGCUGGUGGUCCGUGGCACGAGUCAGAGUGGUACGUCACUAUUGUACUGUGAAGCGAAGCAGGCCGCUGGUACCUACCAGACUGUGAAGCUGCAGUGGCUGAAGGGUCUUCAGGAAGCGGGUUUAGGGACCUGGGUCAGGAAACCUCCUGAGCAGGAAAACUUUGCUGUGACUGUAUGAGUGUUGAAGCCUGAUCUGGUCGUGAUUGUCCCCUAACCACCAAAACCACCUUCAAUCUGCCAACCAAUUGCCACAGAGGCCCCUUCACACCCCCAGGGUACAGUCAACAAUGCUCCACUGAUAUAAAAUCUCCAGUGGGAGUCAACAAGGUUCAUUUCUAGAUGGUUAACCUAGUUAUGUGAAACUCUCGCGAGAUUCACAUUUGCUGCUACCAAGGUAAUUGUGAGGGAGUAGUGUUAUAGGAUGUUCAGGGUUCAAUGACAGUACGCUACCAAUGCUGCCGAUUGAGUGUAACUUGUAACCAUAAGUUAACACAGAAAAUGAUUUUGAUUCAUCCCUCAGUUUUUAUUUUAUUUUAUUUUAUUUUUUUAUGCAACAGCAGUAACACUUAGAAUGGAAGUAAAUAGAAGUAAUAUGUGUUAAAGAACUUCCAUAAACUGAGCUGUAAAAAUGUAUUGUCAUUUAAGUGGAACUACUUUUCUAUUGCAAGACUGACUUCUGGUUAUAAAUUCCUGACGUAAUUCCAGUAGGUAAUAUUAUGUCAGUUUCUGGUAUAAUUGCAUUGGUCCUCAUUCAAGAAACUUUCGUAAAGAUAUGAGUAAAUUUGUAAUUUGCGUGUAAAAUGGACCUUCCUGAAAACUUUUCACCAGAUUCACAAAUGCUUCGUAUUCCAAAGAUUUGUUAGUAAAACGUGUGCAUGUUAGUGAAUUCCAAACAUUCAUAAAGAGAGAGUGUGUGCACGAUUCAUUCACAAUUAUCGUAAUCCACGCCCAUGAAAACACCAUAUAGGGAAGGCACCUGACUUAAUAUCUAUGCAGAACAGUAAUGAAAUCUUUUGUGCAUUCACAUCGUAAAAUCUUUAUUUAGCAAGCACAAUAGCGUGUUAAAGAAAGUGAGGACUUUCAUUGCAUGUUUUUGCUGUCAUAUGAUGCUCUUUUGUGUGAUCAUACAGUUCAAGAAAUCAAUAAAAAUGGUUUGACGUGAGUGUAAAACAGUUGACGCCGGGAGUAGGAUGUCCAACACCAUUAACCUUCUCUGGUUCAUUUCGUAGAGCAUCGCCAAUUUCUGGGAAAAUCAUGAUGGUAACCGUGAUAUGCUUGCAACUGGAAGAAUCUUCAGAAAAAUUAAUAGAAUGCCUAAAGAAGAUCUUUGGCCGAAAAGCUGUAAGAUAUUACAGAUCUGCAAGCAAUACGACAGUGUACGGGCUUUUCCUAUUUUUUUCCCUGUUGUAGUGUGUUCGCACCUGCCUGCGAUGUGUUUAUUUAUGGAUUUAACAGCAUUAGCAUUGACAAUACCUUAUCAACUGAACGCGAUUUACCUACACUAUAUUUUGAAACCUAAAUUAUAAAGCUCAUAUCAAAUAAAAAACAAAACUGUCCAACCAGUCACAUUAGAGGGCAUUAUAUUUUUUUAGAAAAAUAAAGCACUUCUGCUGGAAAAACGAUAAGCAGAGUUGGGGAAAAAUUAUACUUUGAAAAAACGAAUUCAAGCAGUAAAGAAAUGUUUCUAAAUAAGUACAGGCUAUGGUUUAAAAAGAAAGCAAAAUCUUUUUUUUUUUUUCCACUAAUUUAUGUUUUUUUUUUUUUUUUAAGGUUAAUUUCAAUCCAUUAGUAAUUUUUUUUCAUUACUUAUUUAACUUCACUUUUAUCAAAACGUAGUCAUGACAGUUUGCCUGAAUGACCACAAGUUCGGAUGUCUUACACACAAUUUACAUGUGGUCGGAGCAGGUGUAAAUUUUGUUCGUACCAUCUAACGUUUGGAAUAUAUGAAAACUUUAAUGAAUCUGAGAAUUUACCCCAGAAAGGCUUUACAGACAAUUUACACAAAAAAUUGUUCUGCUCGUGUUUCAUGAAUGAGGCCCAUUGUGCUGAAGUUACUAGGUUACCGGCUUUAUGAGUUGAAAUUAUUCUCUGUGGUAAUCAACAUUAUGCCACAAAUGCUGUGGGUAGAUCUUAACUUGUAUUGAACCUGGAAUACUCCU